AUGGCGCCGGAGGAGACGCGGGGUGAGGAGGGGGGGGUCUCCCCGGAUUUGGGGGGGGUCUCCCCGGCCGCGGGGGGGGCCCUGGCCGGAAUUGGGUCUGGGGUCCCGGGGGCGCCGUACCACGAGCGGCAGCGGCGGCAGCUCUGCGCCCUGCACGCCCUCAACAACCUCCUGCAGCGGCCCUGGCUCAGCCAGGCCUCGGCCGACCGCAUCUGCCGCCGGCUGUCCCCCCAUGCGCGGCCCAACCCCCACCGCUCUCUGCUCGGUACCGGUGAUUACGAUGUGAACGUGGUGAUGGCGGCGCUGGGAUCGCUCGGGCUGGCGGCGCUCUGGUGGGACAAGCGGCGGCCGCUGGAGCGGCUGUCGCUGCCGCACGUGCUGGGGCUGCUGCUGAACGUGCCCUCGCGGGUGCGGCUGGGCGCGCUGGCGCUGCCGCUGUGCCGCCCCCACUGGCUCUGCGUGCGCCGCCUCGGGGACACCUUCUACAACCUGGACUCCAAACUGCCCGCGCCCGCGCCCAUCGGGGCCGAGACACAGCUCAGGGAGUUCCUGAGGACAGCGCUGGCCCCGGACACGUCGGAGCUGCUCCUGGUGGUGGCCCCGGAGGUGGAGGAGCAGGGGACAUGGCUGAGGCCCGAGUGACACCGCGGGUGACACCGCGGGGGACGGCCGGUGGCA